UCGCCGCGCGCUGCUCGUCAUUCAGCCGAGAUAUGACGCUCGGUCGUAAGACUGCAGCUUAAAGACUACCACGGCUAACCUACGGCUGGCCUACACAUUAGCGCGAGAUUAUUUAUUAUUAACUCCUCGCGAGCCAUAGGCGGGAAACACCACCUGCCUAUUCGCCGCGUCGUCUCGGCGCGAGACCGCCCCGUGCGGUUUCGCGAGCUACCGGCUGCCUGCCGUUAGGUGGCGCCACCGUACGGCGAACCUGUUCCUCAUCCGUUUGUUUUUGGGUUUCCCUCGAUUACGCGGAUUCCUACUGAAACGAGAGAGAGAGAGAGAAAGAGAGAUAUUCCCGUUUGCUGCAGUUUACACCUUCUACACUCUUUACCAUAUUAAUUUGCGCCCUGGAGUCGUGCUUUACGUCCGCUUUGCUUUAAAUACAGAAAGUGCAGCUGCAAAAUAAACAGAUAUACCAAAGUCGUAUGCAGCAUUUAAAAAUGGCCGCAACUUCCCGUCGGAGCAUCGGUAGAUCGGUUGUCAAAGCCGCGAGCGAUAUAUAAGUCGUCGGUCGCAAUUAUCGCGGUGCACACGUCAAUGGCCUGUCUUAUUUAUAGCAGUCUAUUCGUUCGAUCUCGCGCGCGCGCGACCUGCCAAGUAUUUUGACGUAAGAGACCGACGACGCGGGCGUGAUUUCGCAUCGCCGCAAGAUGCGCGCUGCGUAGGAGAUCGCAUUUCGCGUUGAAUUUCACUCGCUGCUCUUCUCGUGCUGUCAAAAGCCCCGCGAGACCGUUUGCCCAUCGCGAUAGUGCCUCGUCGCGUCCGUGUUGCCCAAGUAAAUACAACACGCGCAUGGAUAGUUUAACAGAUAGCUGAUGAGCUAACGUAACAAUCACUGCGCGAGGUUAGUACGCGGUAACAGUGACACUCGUUCGAACGUGUGUGUGUGUUGUUUAACAUAACCGACGUGUGCAGUGCGCUCGCGAAGAAAGCGGCGAUGUUGCCCGGUAUUAACGACGGCCCUCGCAACACGGGCACUUUGCCGAAAAGCAAUCGGAGGAACGAUCGAAACCGAGAACGGUCCGCCGCUAAUCAGCAGAUCGCAAACCGCUCGGCUUACCAUGGCCACCCGCAACAUUUUAACAAUUUGUUCCAAUUGGAGUGGCAACCAGUGAGCGAGCGUGAACGUGAAUCAUCAAGAGCAGCAAAGAACAGUAACACUAGAUCAACUACUUCUUCUGUGCCUGUAUACUUUUAUCAGGAUUUAUCAGACUUUGUAUCACAUAGUUCAGCAAGGCAGUACAACUAUAGCACAGAAGAGUGUGCUUGGACAAAAAUGGUUCCACCCAUUGAGCCUAGAAAUCAAUCACCACUGCGAUUACAAGGAACAAAGCCCUCCAACGUGAAUAAGAUGCCUGACAGAAAUCAAGUAGAGAGCCGUUUAAAUCAGAUCAGGGAGUAUAUCAAGGUCACCGCAACAAUGAUGGACUCUCUUAGUCAAUCUUCUGAUCCUCGCGCACAAGCUCAGAAUGAAAAACUGGGUAGAAUGGUAGAAGAUCUUCAUGACAGUGAGCGGAAGCUGUCCAAACUAUUAGAGCAAUAUCAUAAUCACGGAGUUUCCGACGAGACCAGUGAAAAUGGAAGGGAGGACAUGGACGAGCAUGGCGAUGCUAAUAGAGAAGUGCAGUUACGGAGAAAGGUAGAAGAGUAUCAGAGCAAACUCGCCCAAUUGCAAGAGCAGCAAGCUGAUUUGGUGGGAAUACAGAUGCGCUUCAGAGAAAGGUUAAACGAAGUGCGUCAAGAGCAACAGAUGCUUCUGCAGCAAGAGAAUCAGAAUACAUCCAAUUCCGUCGCGUGGGAAGGCAAUCGUGCGUCUUUGCCGGGUCCUGCUAAUGUGGAUCAACUGGAGUCGGAAACAGCGGCAUUACGAGGAAAAUUGGCGCAACUUCAGAUCAAGAAGAGACAUAUGGAUCAUUUGGUAGCAGAAUUACAGGCCAUAGAGUCAUUCGAGAGAGGCAGCUGCAGUUCCGAGGGCUCACGAAACACUAUAAGAGAUAAAACCGCGGAAUUGGAGGCUAUGAAAGCGCAGCUUGCGCAUAUAAAAGCUCUAAUGGAGGACAGCACAAGAAUUCGUGAUUCCGUAGAUUCCACUUCCGAAUUGGAGCAGGAUGUUGAUGUCAAUAGCGAAGGAGCCGCGGACAUGGAAAUCACUGAGGAUGAAAAUGCGGUGAACAUUUCGUUCGAACGUCACAGUGACAGUGACGACAUCAACCAUGGCAAGAUGCGUAAUUCCGGUGACAGGCCUACGUUUGAGGAUGUACAGGCUGUGACGCGGGAACUCAAGGAACAAUCGGCUUUACUUCAAACCACGCGAGCUGAAUUGCAACGUUUAAAACAGUCAUCACUAUCUACAGCUACUCAUUCUACUUCUUCGUCUUCUUUUCCACCCACAACCCCGCCUCCAGCUCUUACCCCUUUAAGUGUAAACGAAAAAAAGCAGAGUAAUAAUGUUAGUACGGAGUCUCAACAAGCAAAAAGACGUCAACUGGAAGAUCUUAUAAAGAAGGAACAAGCCCAACCGUGUAAUGUGAAUCGGGAUACCCAGGGACCGGAUCUAAAUAGUCAAAGAAGUUCUGGCUCUCAAGUUAGUCAUACUAGCACGCCUGCAAAUGUUUGGCCACCUUCUACCGUCAUAGGAGGCUCUAAUGAGCAAAGUGUAGACGGCGUGUCUACAUCGGACAAUUUAUUAGAUGUCGGUCCACAAGCUGCUGCUAUCGAGAAUGGUUUUCCUGGGAAUUGGUGGAGCUGUCCUUUACCGCCUUUGAAUCAAGUACAACAUGCUUCAGCUGAAUACUAUAAACAACUGAUAUUGGGUUCGCAAGCUCAACAGCUCCAAAUGAUGAAUACGACAAUACAUCAGUGUUGUCAUCUAUUAUGGGCGCAGCAACGCGAGUUACAAUCUAUGCGCACAGCUAUCACACAGUUGCAGUUACAGCUGAGGCAAAAUCAGACUCUACAGCGUGCCAACAAUACUGAAAAUCAGGAGGAAUACUCUAAUUUGAGUCGCAGCGUUCAUCAUCUCGGUGACACAUUGGACGCGAUUUUACCUCCCAGUUCAUCCUUACCGAAUCUUGUAUCGUUACCGAAUUCUUCAGCAGCGCUGUCACAUACUCCAGUAAUCACCACUAACUCACAACAACAACAACAACAACAGCAGCAGCAACAACAACAACAACAACAACAGCAACAACAAUUGAACAAUCAAGUACCUCCUGGUAACAGAGCAAACAACUACUGGGACAAUUUUCGCAGCUAUUCUCGACAAAAUCUCCUCUCAGGAAAUGUAAAGACAAUGACUGAUAUUCCGACGGCUGUGGUGAAUUCGGCAUCUUCUGCAAACACGAUUGGUCCAAGUGGAAGUGGUGUCAACAGUUCAUUGAUAAAAGACAAACGGAAUCGAGAACAAGGAACUGACAACUUGCCCAUACCGCUAACUGGCGCAGAAGCACAAUAUUCUCUGAACUUACAAUUACCGUCUAAUCUGCAACAACAAGAUAGAGAAAACACCACUAUUCGCAGUAAUAUCAUAGCGAAUGAAGUAUCUCAGCAAGUUGAUAACUUUUGGGAAGAAGCUCACAGUUCUUUCCGACUACCGUCUACAACGAACGAUGAUAAUUUCCUUCAUAAUCUAAGUUCAGAGAUGAAAGAAGCACUCAGUUCACUUAUCGCGGUAAAUAAAAGACGGCCCGAUUAUUUAAUAAUUAUCUUGAGGGAAAUUAAAACUAUUAGCGAAGACCACAGAUUGCGGCCUCAAUUGUUGCGUUCACUCCGUGCACUACAAGACACGCAAACACUCAUGAAUAAUCCGUUGAACGAAGUGACUGACUUAACUCCGAGUGAAAGCUGCCAGUCUAGCGACGAAGAUUCGGAUGUUGGUGCGAUAUUAGGUUUUGGUUUAGAAAAUCAAUCGUCUGCGACUGAAUUAGUUGCAACAUCUCAUGUCAUAGACACUGCCUCCUCGCCAGCAUCACAAGUACCAUUGAUAGACCAUUUGGAUAUAUCGGGAACAUUUUCACUCGACUGUGCCAGUGCUCUCCCUUCCACUUCUAACGGGAAACCUGGUUAUAAUGAAGACUUAGCGGAAGCCGAUCAAUCAAGGCCUGAAUCUUCGAGAAAUCAAAAACCUUUUACUACAGACAUGGUUAAUGACGAAGGCCAAGAAGAAGCAGCGUCUUGUCCUAUUGCUGCAGAAGGAAUUGCUCCUGAUCUCGAAAGUCUUGCUGCUAAAACUGAAGACGAGAGAGCACACGAUACCGAACUCGAUAAAUUUUAUUACUAGAUUGCAUCAUAAGCCCCAUGAUGCGCGUUAUUUAUAUAAAUGACUUGUAGCUAUUUUAAGCAUAGCGGAAAAGAGAUGAGUGUAUCAGGUUUAGAUUUCUGACAAGACGUUGGCUUAUUACUGCUUCCGAUUUAAAAAAAGUAUCAACUAAUAAAUAAUAGAAGUUUGAUACAAUAGUAAGCUAUUAAAAAGUUGGAAACUUUGCAAUCAAUACACAUAUUAUUUCAUGUAAUAUGUAAUAGAUUAUCAGACAGAAUUUACAAUUACACAUUUAACUGAAGUUUUACGUUACAAGUUUGCCUAGAGACAACUGAUUUGGGUAUAAUGAUUUACAGCUAUAUUAUAUAUUGUAACUUAUUACAAUUUAUAAAACUUGCUGUACGUAUUUCGACAUUUAUAAAAUAUGCAUUAACAUUUAUUAAUUCUGUCUGGAUGCAUAAGUGUUAAUUAUUGUUUUACGAAAGUGAUAUAUUUCGCCUUUUUUUUAAUUUUUUCUUUCGUUUC